AUGAGUAAAGUCGCUGGUAUAGGUCAUGGAUACACAAGGCCUUCAUAUCAUGCUAUGCGUGUGACGUUGAAAGAUGUGAAACAAUCUGUACAACUUAUAGUUGAUUCUAUAGACGUUAUUGGGCAGAAAAUGGUUGUACAAUUAUGGGAGAUGGGUGGCGUGAUACAAGACAACGACCCCUUAUCAAUUUUAUGGUGUAUUGUGCAGAAGGGAUUUCCUUCAUCAAAUCAGUUGAUGCAUUGGAUAUUGAGGAAUGUAGUUCAUUUAGUCACUGAUAAUGCUGCAAACUAUAACGCUGCAGGAAGAUUGUUAUGUGAGAAAUAUCCGUCUAUUGUAUGGUCUCCUUGUGCAUCUCAUUGUAUGAAGUUGAUUAUGAAGGAUAUGUCAGAGAUGCCUCAAGUUGCUGAUUUGGUUACACUUGCAUCGAGGGUUACAAUUUUUGUUUAUAACCAUAAAUGGCCAUUAAAUUGGUUAAGAAAAAGACCAGGUUGGACUGAGAUUAUUCGUCCGGGUGCCACUUGUUUUGGUACUGCAUUUAUCGCAUUGAAGAGUUUGUGUGAUCACAAACAUGAUUUGCAAGCUAUGAAUUGUGGUAUCGUAGUAAAAGUGAUGACUCCAAUGUUGAGACUUUUACGGAUUUGUGAUUCGGAUGAGAAGUCGGCUUUAGGUUAUGUAUACGAAGGGAUGAUGUUGCGUAAGAGUCUUCAUGUUGCGGCUUAUUGGUUGAAUCCGGUCUUUCAAUAUGAUCAAGAAAGUUUUUGUAAGAAACCAGAGGUGGUUGCGGGGGUUAUCGAUAUGAUUGAGCGUUACAGUAGUGUUGGUACUGUCAAUGGUCUAACUCUUAUGGACCAACUAAAGUUGUUUCGUGAGCAUGAAGGUAGUUUUGGUAGAACACUUGCUUUUGCUUCUCGUAAUGCUACUCGUCCAGAUGAAUGGUGGAAAUUACAUGGUAAAGAUGCUCCGGAAUUGCAAAAAUUUGCAAUUCGAAUUUUAAGCGAAACAGCUUCUUCUUCCUUGUGUGAGCGGAAUUGGAGUGUCUUUGAGAGAAUCCACACUAAAAGAAGGAAUCGGUUGGAGCAUCAAAGGCUUAAUGACCUUGUUUAUGUUCAUUAUAACUUGCGUCUACAAAAUAGGCUCAAGGAUCACAAAAAGUCUUAUGACCCAAUUGAUUAUGAAAGCAUUGAUAAAACCGAGUUUUGGGUGGUUGAUGAAAUACCGGAAGGUGAACUAAGUUAUACCGAAUUGGAGAAUAUGGUUGAAGAUGAGCCACCAAACUACAAUGAAUCGACAAUUUUUGCUAAAAUUGAACUUCUGUUUGAUAUUGAAGAUGAUGAUGAAGUUUCUUUAGAACAAAUUGAUAUGGAUUCCUUUAGAUGA